CUGUCCCACCCACAUUGAGGUGUCGUUUCCUGGUGGUGGCAGGCAGGCAAUAGAACGAGACUUCCAGGCGAGCCGACGUUAUCCCAACGCUAUAAACAAAAGUUAACUCAACGCUCCGCGCUCAACGACGCUUUCGGCGAAAAGACAUGCAUAUCAAGACAGGUACAUGGGAAGCCAGUAAUAUUGUUUGCGAGUCCGAUCCCUUGUGCGACCCAGCAGUCCUCGUUGCAACCACCAACCCAGAGCCACACAUCCGAAACCGCCGCCUGUCACCUGGUUCCGGCCACUGCGGCGGGGGAGGAGGCGGAGGCUGCAUCUCUGGAGGAGAGUCCCGGCAUCUCUCCCCCGACCCGGACCUGAACGGACCGGGCCACGUGCACGCCUUUGGCUUCCGCAAGGAAAAGGAGCGCAAAGGCCUGCAGCAGCACAAGGGCCGCAGCCUUCGCCGAGAGGUCGGCCAGAAGGGGUUCAACCGCUCGCAAAAGGUGAACCAGAAGGAGAGGUGGGUGGAGGACAGUCUGUCGCUCCUUAAGCCCCCGCCUGCCUUCCCGGUGCAGGACAGCCCCGCCAAGCUGCAGCCCACCGUCAGCUACGCCUCCAAGGUGAAAGCCAAAACGGCCAGCGGCAUUCUGGAGGACGACCGCCCCGCCAUCGGCGUCCUGCUCCAAAACCAAUGGGGGCUCAGUUUCAUCAGCGAGACCAGACCCGUCGCAGAGGGCGCCAACCCUCAUCCCGCCGCCCCCGACUCCCCCGCACCUCAACCUACAGACACGCAAGCGCCAGUAGAACCGCCACUCGUAAUCCAUCCCCCUGAAGAAACCCCCAGACCUUUCACUACCUCCACCGCCUCGGCUACACACUCGGAGCUGGACGAGCACAACGGGGAGAUGCUACUCAGUUGUCGCCACCUCGUGGAGGCUCUGAAUUUCCACAAUAGAGAAUGGAAUGCAAUCUGCAACCAACAGAAAAAAGAUCCAAAAAGAGUUGUGUGGUACAAGGACUUCCAGGAGCACCCAGCCUAGCAGCGCAUGGAACCCCAAAGCAUAUCCAGACCGACACACAAACACACACACACAAUCAACACGCGCCUUCAUGCACAUUACGACACCUAACGACGGACGAUUCUUGGAGUCCCCUCUCACACGCUGCACUCAGGAUGAUGUCUUCAUGCAAAGCCACACUGAGACACUUUGGACUAACUCCUUUUCGAGAUCUUACAGCAAUGAACGUUAUUAUUUUUAAUCGCCUUAUUGAAAAGUCUGCCUUAAGUAAUCAGACCGUUUCCCCCCUUUUUUUUUUUUUGAAAGUUGCUGUUUUAACCAACUGUGUCCCAUGUAAAGCGUGUGGUCAAUCAAGCACUUUGUUUAAAGAUGAAUCUGUUAUUAGCAAUGGCCGUGCGAGAAAGUCAUGUACGGUGUUUAAUUCUUUUUUCCCCACCUCCCCAAUUCUACGUGAGGCGUGGCGUCUUAUACCUACUCGAGUUUCUACUCUUAAUGUUUUUUUUUCGGUUUACAGAGGGGUGUAUUCAAAGGCACAGUAGAAUUCCCCCUUUAGCCUGUUGGAUCUUAAUGCUGUCCCCCCCCUCCCCCAAGAGACCCC